UACUGCAGAAACACAUGUUGUUCAGAUCAGAGUUCAAACUUGUUUCACUUUCUAAGGAAGUGAAACUCCGAAAGUCGUUGCCACUGAGAGCUGAAAUGGCACAGAAAGGAGAUCCGCUGGACCGUGAAACUUUCGCUUGUUCAAUCUGUCUGGAUCUACUGAAGGAUCCAGUGACUAUUUCCUGUGGACACAGCUACUGCAUGAGCUGUAUUAAACGCUUCUGGGAUGAAGAGGAUCAGAGAAAGAUCUACAGCUGCCCUCAGUGCAGACAGACCUUCAAACCAAGGCCUGUCCUGGUGAAAAGCACCAUGUUAGCAGCUUUAGUGGAGCAGCUGAAGGAGACUGGACUCCAAGCUGCUCCUGCUGAUCACUGCUCUGCUGGACCUGAAGAUGUGGCCUGUGAUGUCUGCACUGGGAGGAAGCUGAAAGCCUUCAAGUCCUGCCUGCAGUGUCUGGCCUCUUACUGUGAGGAUCAUCUUCAACCUCAUUAUGAUGCAGCUCCAUUAAAGAAACACAAGCUGGUUGACCCCUCGGAGAAACUCCAGGAGAACAUCUGCUCUCGUCAUGAUGAGGUGAGGAAGAUGUUCUGCCGUACUGAUCAGCAGAGUAUCUGUUAUAUCUGCACUACGGAUGAACAUAAAGGCCAUGACACAGUCUCAGCUGCAGCAGAAAGGACUGAGAGGCAGAGAGAGAUUGAGGUGAGUCGACGACAAAUCCAGCAGAGAAUCCAGGGCAGAGAAAAAGAUGUGAGGGCGCUUCAACAGAGGGUGCAGGUCGUCAGUCGCUCUGCUGAUAAAGCAGUGGAGGACAGUGAGAAGAUCUUCACUGAGCUGAUCCGUCUCAUCCAGAAAAGAAGCUCUGAUGUGAAGCAGCAGAUCAGAUCCCAGCAGCAAACUGAAGUGAGUCGAGUCAAACAGCUUCAGAAGAAGCUGGAGCAGGAGAUCACUGAGCUGAGGAGGAAAGACGCUGAACUGAAGCAGCUCUCACACACGGAGGAUCACAACCAGUUUCUACACAACUACCCCUCACUAUCACAACUAAGUGCAUCUACAGAAUCAUUCAGCAUCAAUAUCCGUCCUCUGCGCUACUUUGAGGAUGUGACAGCAGCUGUGUCAGAGCUCAGAGAUAAACUUCAGGACAUCCUGAAACAGAAAUGGACAAACAUCUCACUGACAGUGACUGAAGUGGAGGUUUUACUGUCAGAACCAGAACCCAAGACCAGAGCUGAAUUUUUAAAAUAUUCACAUGAAAUUACUCUGGAUCCAAACACAGUAAACACAUGGCUGUUACUGUCUGAGGGGGACAGAAAAGCAGAACGAAUGAGUCAACAACAGUCUUAUUCUAGUCACCUAGACAGAUUCACUGUAUAUGGUCAGGUCCUGAGUAGGGAGAGUCUGACUGGACGCUGUUACUGGGAGGUGGAGAGGAGAGGGAGAGGAGUUCAUGUAGCAGUCGCGUACAAGAAUAUCAGCAGAGCAGGAUACUCGGAUAAAUGUGGAUUUGGAUACAAUGACAAAUCUUGGGUUUUAAAUUGUGGUACUGACAGUUAUGAAUUUUGGUUCAACAACAUCAAAACUCCUGUCUCAGGUCCUGGUUCCUCCAGAUUAGGAGUGUACCUGGAUCACAGAGCAGGUAUUCUGUCCUUCUACAGCGUCUCUGAAACCAUGACUCUCCUCCACAGAGUCCAGACCACAUUCACUCAGCCUCUCUAUGCUGGACUUUGGCUUUGUUAUGAUGGAGACACAGCUGAGUUGUGUAAACUCAAAUAGACAGAAGUCAUUUCAGACUUCUGUGUUGUAAUUCAUCAUUUUUUGUCUCCAUUGUU